CCUGUUUUCUCUUCGUGUAAAUGUGCUUUGUAAUAGGACUGCUCCGGUUAAACCUGUUUUUCCACUCUGUCGUCACCCAGGCACCUGAAGGGAUCUUAUUACCGGAAGUUACCGAAUCUGUUGUCAAACUGGGCGGACUCCUCAGGUGAGAGCAGUCCACUGUUACGGCUAGAAACGACGACACAGCGUAUUAAAGGUUUUGGGGAAAAGUAGGAUAUUAGGCGUUUAUUCGACAGGGGUUGUGUGCAGUUUCUGCUCUUUUUAAAAAAACAAAAAAAAACAAAAAACAGGCGUAUAACUGAAGAGGGAUUUUGUUGCAGAGCAAACAAGGACCGAACAUGGUUCACAGGUGGCUGGUUUCGGUGGCUUUGUUCUUCCACGCAGCGACUGGUGUAAGUGGCUUUUCAGUUACUACUGACACUCCAAACGUGCAGGUGAAAGAGAAUGAGGGGGCUGACCUGAAAUGCAGUUAUUCAGCUGACUUUGGUUCAGAUGCCAGAGUUGAGUGGAAAUUCAGUGACUUAAAAGGCUCGCAGACAUAUGUGGUUUUUAACGGGAAACCAACAACGCCAUAUUCCAGCCGAGUGACAACGUACGGUAGCAAUUUGAGGUUCUCCAAAAUGACGCGUAAUGACAAUGGAGUGUACGACUGUGAGGUGUCUGGCAACGGCAAGUUUGGGGAGGCCAGGGUGAAGGUGACUGUUCUGGUGCCGCCAUCUCCACCUUUGUGUAGGAUCCCCAACUCAGUGACGACAGGCAAGUCGACCAUCCUGUCCUGCCAUGACAACGAUGGCUCACCUCCUCCACAAUACAAGUGGUACAAAAAUGGCGUCCUCCUGCCCGCCGACCCGAGCAAAAUUGCUGGCUUCAAAAAUGCCACCUACCAACUAAACGCAGUCAACGGCAACUUGGAGUUUCGUUCAGCAACCAAGAUGGACUCAGGUCAAUACUACUGUGAGGCUUUCAACAUUGCUGGUCCUCCACAGCGCUGUAAAUCCGUGAACAUGGAAGUCCGUGACCUUAACACUGGGGGAAUUGUUGCUGCGGUAAUAGUGGUUCUGCUGCUACUGGCCCUACUGGGAUUUGGCAUUUGGUAUGCCAACAAGAAAGGAUACCUGCCCCGAAAGACCGAAAGCAAACCAAAGCCCAACGUGGUCUACCAGCCCCCGUCAUUGUAUGGUGGUGAGGAUGAAGAUGGGGAUUUCAAACAGAAGUCAUCAUUCGUGGUAUAGUCUGCAGUCUGAAGUCGCUACAGGAGAAUGCCUCGGCUUUUAACUUGCGCUCAGCAUGUUUGUUUUAUCUGAAAGUUUUAGUGAUGUCUAAUAGGUGAUGAGACCUCUUUCAUACGCUCAUUGGUUUUUUGAGCUGCGACCCCUAGUGACCCAUUUUAGUCUUCACCUAUGUUUGGCGUGUGUGUUUCUUUUUCCAUUUUUUAAAAUUUUUUUGUUCAAAUGAUGCAUCUGCAUGUAAACACAAGUCAAAGGGAGCACAGAUACUCCCAGUACCGCCACUGAACACGACUACGAUAGAUACAGAUAUAGACAAUGUUUUGAUAAAAAAAACUCUCAGUCAGAUUUUUAUUACAUUUAUUGACUCAUCACUUUAAUUUCCUCCAGUGCAAUUGUCUAUAUACCUGUCUUUUUUUUAGACAAAGCACAGACUGUUAUGUAAAAUAUUUCUUUUGUGUGGUUUAUUAAGGUUUUCUUUCUUGUAAAUAACAUUUAAUAAUAUACAUUUUAGUUGUCCCCAGGCUUCCUUACUACAUUGGCUGAGCUCAUGCAUUGAUCUUUAAAGGAGUGUAGGCUGAUGAUGGAAUUUAUUUCAUCAUCAAAUAAUUAAUGAUUGUGUUAAGUUUUUUAAAUGAUUUCCCACAUGUUUGUAAGCAUCGUGUGCAGCUUCAUCAUUAUCAUUAACUACCCAAAUUGUUGUGACAUGACAGUCAUAAUAUUAGUUCUGUCGUCUACUUCCAGAGACUAAAAUGACUCUUGUUGACUUUGUAUAAUUUAGCCACAAAUUCUCAGGUCAUGCGUUUACGUGGAUUAACAAGGUCGCAUAUCAACACAUAUCAUGAGUUUCUAAGAUCAAUCAGGCACAAUAUUUAAAUUGGGAAACGCUGUACGUUUUCUACAUGGCUUGACCUUUGUAGACAUUUUAGAGCUGAUUAAUCAGCUGAUGGUUGUAACGUUUCUUUAUAUAUUGGUUAAUAAAACUUUUGUUGUUAAAUUGA